AAAUGUGCGACGUGGACGGCGCUGUAAUAUUUGGAUUCUAGGCUCCGUCGUGUGUUUAAGAAACAACUAGAAGUAUUUGCUGAGCUGCAUUGCACAUUACAUGUAAAUCAGUGUAAUGUGGCGAUUAAUCUAUUAAAUAAAUAAAUAAAUAACCGCACUUUUUAUUUAUUUAUUACGUAGCUGUUACAAACAAUACAGCUUUUACUUCAUAAUCCCGAGACAUGCAACAUGCUCUUCCAUUUCACGAGGCUAAAAGGACUACUGACUUUCCACAAGCUCUUAUUUACUUAAUAAUUCUUAUUUAGUUUCACUGUUUUGCUGUGAAUGCUCGGGUGUACUGCUGUGAUUAAUUUCCCCUGUCUGGUCCUUCUUUUAUGUUCCUUGAUGGGAAAGCAUCACGUACUUAUCGUUCCUCUUUCCACUGGAUGUUGUGCGCUUGCUCUGUAUGAUCUCGAGUUUAGUAAUAGAAAGUCUGCUUUAAUAUAGUUUAAUAAAAACAUUUUUCGAGAUGCGAACAGACCAUACGGACCAUACGGAAAUACAUGUCAUAAAUGGGAUUUUCCACCAGCCCUCAGACAGUGAGGUUCAGAGAUGGAUGUCCAGUGCGUUUAACAUGGCGAUAGAUGCUCUUGAAAAUGGUGAGGUGCCAGUUGGAUGUCUUCUGGUGUACAACGAUAUUGUUUUAGGCAAAGGAAGGAAUGAGGUGAACGAAACAAAAAAUGCUACACGUCAUGCAGAAAUGGUGGCACUGGACCAAGUGUUAGAGUGGUGUUCUCACAGAGACCUGGACCCAAAGGAGGUGUGUAAGCACACUGUUCUCUAUGUGACCGUCGAACCGUGCAUUACAUGUGCAGCUGCACUGCGUCUGCUGAAUGUCCCACUGGUUGUGUACGGGUGUAAGAAUGAAAGAUUUGGGGGCUGCGGUUCAGUGCUGGACAUCUCAUCAGGUGAUCUUCCCCACACUGGAACAUCAUUCAAGUGUAUACCAGGUCACAGAGCGGAGGAGGCUGUUGACAUGCUGAAGACAUUUUACAAGCAAGAGAAUCCUAAUGUGGCGAAUCCUAAAGUAAGGAAAGAAUGCAUGAGUCCAGCAGGGGGCACUAUCACCACGCACACUGAAGCAGCUCCACAUGAGGAUGAUGUAAAAAUGGCCGUUUCAGACUGAAAUGGAAAAAUAAAACCCACAUUUCCUUUCCUCCAACUGAAGUCGGGUCAACAGACUGCACCAAUAUGUGGUUUAAAAUGACUUUCGUCUUUGGAAAUUCCACUUCCAGAGGUCUCCUCCUUUUCUCUGUCCUUACAUCACUCAUAUGUUAUACCGUGAAAACAUGCCUGAGCUUUCUUAUCAGCUGUUAUGCUACUCUGAAAACAGCACCUCAACAUCAUCAAAAGGUUUUUACAAAUCGUAAGUUGACCUGUCAGUAAGGAGCAGAUGAGGCAGCAAGUACACAAUCCUGUCUCUACACGACUGUGUCUCAAACCACAUAGCAAUGCUGAUCAGUUGAAUGUGUGCUUUUGAUCUAGUAACCUUAGUAGCUCCAGAAUAUUCACAGACAUGAAGCAGUGUUAACACACGUAUAUCCCAGUUUUCUUCUGUAAACGGUGCAGAGAUCCACUUAAAAUUGGUGUUCAGUCAGUCCAGUUUUACACACAUUGGUUGUGUUGACCAAAGUAUUUGUGAUUUACGUUGUGUGCUUCAGCCCUCAGGAUUUGACUCUUGGUUUAAAAAAAAGAUUUAUCAUAUGUAGAGCGUAGUAGAGAACGUUGUUCCUUGGUCUGUGGUACACGGGUUGUUUAGAUGAAUGUCAGUGCUGGUAGGAUUUCUGUCUGUCAUAUCAUGGGUUGUUGAUUAUUCAUGAACUUUUCAGGCAGAAAAUGAAUGUAAUUUGUUAUGUGAUGAAUAACGGGUACGAUCAUUCACAACUGUUUGUAUAUUUUUUUAAAUUAUGCAAUAAUAGACAUCUUGUUGACAAGAAAAUGACAAUUUUAGGGCUCUCACAGUAAGAGAGCAAGAACUUUGUUGUAAUUACUGCAGACUUUGCUUGCACCAAUAGCAGUUUCAAGGCGAGAAGUGAGAAAGAACACGAUAUCAUAAACCAAACCUAAAUAUAUAUAUGGUCACAUAUUUAUAUAUUUGUAAAGUGCACAAAAUCUGUCUAAGUGCAAGAAAUCUGAUUUGGAGAAUCUUGCUUUGUUAAUGAUGAUAAUGAGUCUUUAUUGGUCACAUAUACAGUAGAGCACAUUGAAAUUGUUUUCUUAUCCCAGCCUGUCAGGAAGUUGGGGUCAGAGCGCAGGAUCAGCCAUGAUACAGCACCGCUGGAGCAGAGAGGUUUAAGGGCCUUGCUCAAGGGCCCAACAGUGGCAGCUUGGCAGUGCUGGGGCUUGAACCCCCGACCUUCCGAUCAGUAACCCAGAGCCUUAACCGCUAAGCGGUAUGUGCACUCUGUCUACUGUUGAUGACUUAGAUCUGGCUACAUGCUGCAUUCUGUCUAAUGAAACAAAGCCUGACGUUCGCUCUGUUUAUCUUUGUAGGCUUUAGAGUACAAUCUUUCUAAGCAAUAAUGACGUAAUUAUAAUAAGUACUAUAAAUAAUAUAUGAAGGGAAAAAAGCCAGGGAGUCAGUACAGUCUUGAGGAAGUGAAAAUUGCAGUGCAGUACACAAAGUUCCCAGAGAAACAGGACGUUUCAAACAAAAGUCCUUUGUCAGCUGUGCAAGUAAAGCACCUCUGAGGCUGUGGUGAAACCAGAAGAUAUUCACAAUGGUUGAUGAUGAACCGUUUUUGCUGAUAGGAUUUAAGUCCCCUUGGAUGGAAGGGUCAUUGCAAAUCAAUAAAAAGUUAUUCUGACUGAUUACCUUUAUCCUGUAUGACGACCAUCAUCAAAACCAAGGGAAUAUCUUUAGAAAGAAGCGAGUAUAUAUGAUCAUCAAAGAUGAACUCAAAAAUACAUUUUAAAAAAAGUAUCAUCUACAAAGAGCAGUAAUAACCUAAAGUCAGUACUUGGAGUGACAAGAGUUCUCCCACUCCAACCUUAACACACCAUGUGUUCAUGGAGCUCACUUUGUGUACAGGGGCAUUGUCAUGCUGGAACAUGUUUAGGAGAACCACAUAUAUAUACUUACACCACAUACAUAUCAGUGGUUAAAGUCUCUGGGUUACUGAUCAGAAGGUCAGGGGUUCAAGCCUUAGCACCACCAAAGUGCCACUGUUGAGUGAGGCCCUUAAUUGUCUCUGCUCCAUGGGCGCUGACCGUGCUCCCUAACCCCUACUUUCUAACAAACUGGAAUAUGCAAAGAAAAGAAUUUCACUGUACUGUAAAGUGUGGCAAAUAAAGCCUUCAUCUUCUCCUUCCCUUUGAGAUUCUAGUCUGUAUUCGCAUGAUUGCAGUGUGUAAUUGCUAAUUGCUGCAGAUUUAUCAUGUUGCACAUUCAUGCUGUGAAGCUCCCGUUCUACCACAUGCCAAAGGUGCUCCAGUCUGAUUCAGGCCAAGUACACUGAAUUCACUGUCAUGUUCAUGGAACCAGUUUGAGAUGACUUUGUGACAUAGCACACUGUCAUGGUGGAAAUAAAUACAUGAUUGGUAAAUUGUGGCAAAAAAUUGAUGCAUGUGGUAUUCAAACAAUGCUAGAUUGGUAUUAAGAGGACAUUCCUUACACCAUUACACUACCACCACCACCACCGACCUGAACUGUUGAUGUAAGAUUCAUGCUGCAUCUGCAUGUCACAGCAGAAACUGAGAUUCAUCAGAACAUUUUCCCAGUCUUCAACUGUACAGUUUGGUGAGUCUGUGCGCAUGAUAGCCUCAGACAUGUAAGAUUUUAUUAUUACUAUGCUAAUUCAUGCGCGAGAACCCUUCAGAUCACGUUCAGUUUGUCGCCUCUGCGUGAGAGAGCGAUGGUGUUAAUGAGAAGACUACAAGGUGUUGUUCUGCAGUUGAUGUGCUGAUGGAGAGCGCCCACAGAAACACACACACACACACACUUGAAACAUACAUAAACAUUUCCUAAGAACAAUCAAACAGGAUGCUGGCCUAGUGGACGUAAUUAAUACAAAGUGAGAAGUUAAAAUGGAGCACUGUUCCUUCUGUAAAUAUAAUUAACUCAGUACUGGAACUCUGCAUCUAUCAUUUUUUUUAAACAUGAGCUGAGAGGAUGAUUAAACAGGAUUGGGAGAGGGUGAAGAUUUUGACAGUCUGGUUUUGGGAUGUCAAGAGUUAGCACUUAAUUUUAACAGUUGGAGCUGUUUUCUCUCCUCUUCUGCAGUUUGACAGACGUUAUUACACUGCGCUAUGCUGACUUACUCAUUUGGAUGAAUCUGUCAUGAGGUGAUUGCUGUUUCUUGCCGAACUAAGAACAUUUCCUGCUCAGGCCUGGAAUGCAUAUGUUUCUCAUUAAGAAAAUGUCCAGCAUAGCACUGUGAAAUUGUUAUCUUUGCAGUAGGCUGUGUUUGAGAAAGCAGAAGUUAAAAAAUCCAAAUAUGCUACAAAAAUAUGGUUUACACUCAGAAGCCCUCAAAUGUGGGUGAAUUAAUUAAAGAAGCAUAGGCCAAAAUGGGCUUCCACCCUGAUUUGAAAGACUAAUCUCCUGAUAUUGGAGAUAUUUGGAUGCAGUGAAACGUGGCACAACCAGAUAUUAAGUUUGGGGGGCAAUUACUUUUUCACACGGGUGAUGCAGGGGUUGCAUAUCCCUUUUUUUGUUCAAUAAAUGAACUGAUCAUUGUA